AUGGCGACUCAGGAUCCCUCCCAAAUCGCACAGCUGGUGCACAGCUUGGAAGAUGCACGGAAGCAGUCCAAGGGUGAGAAGAAGCAAAGGUUCACUUGCAAGAAGACAACAUUCACAGUCGCUGGCACCAACAAUGUGACUGUGGACUCUUGGAAGUUCCAAGACUGGGACUACAAGCGCCCUGAUCUCCCAACGUACGCCCGUGGUCUCUUUACCACCCGCCGGAGGGACGGCAUCCCCGAGAUUGCAACCCGCGGAUACGACAAGUUCUUCAAUGUCAGCGAAACAACCAAUACCCAAUGGCACAACAUUGAGAAGCAUACCAAGGGUCCUUAUGAACUCAGUGUAAAGGAGAAUGGAUGUAUUAUCUUCAUUUCGGCGCUAGAAGACGACAAACUUCUAGUUUGCAGCAAGCACUCCACUGGAGUUCGAGAAGAUACCGAUCAGAGUCACGCCCAGGUCGGAGAGCGCUGGACGGAGCACCAUGUCUCGUCGGUUGGUCGAAAUAUCAAGGACCUCGCACGGACACUGCGUGAGAAUAACCUCACAGCUGUCGGAGAGCUCUGCGACGACAGCUUUGAGGAGCACGUUCUAGCCUACGAUCAGGCAGCCUCCGGCAUUUACCUCCAUGGUCUCAACUACAACCAGCCGGAAUUUCACACAAUGUCUUCCGAUAAAGUACACGAGUUUGCAGAUGCAUGGGGCUUCAAGAAGGCCAAGUUCGAGGUUUUCGACGAUAUCUUUCGAGUACGGUCCUUCCUCGAAGGAUGCGCUGAGACUGGUACUUGGGAUGGGCGUGAGACUGAAGGGUUCGUGAUCCGAUGCCAGCUCAGCGAUAAUGGAACUGGUCCAUAUCGCGAUUGGUUCUUCAAGUACAAGUUUGAGGAGCCAUAUUUGAUGUACCGCCAGUGGCGCGAAUGCACCAAAGCCGUGAUUGGGGGGAAGCUCCCCAAGAUCAGAAAGCACGAGCAGAUUACACAGGAGUAUCUGCAAUUUGCCCGGAGGAAGCUGAUCAAGGACCCCAACAUGGCCAAGGAGUACCUCCACAACCACGGCAUUAUUUCUUUGCGCGAGGAGUUCUUAAAGGAGCGAGGACUGAAGGGUUCUGAGAUCAUCGCCAUGGAAGCAAAUGAGCUAGCAAAUUCAAGGGAUAUUGCCCGCAACAUUAUUCUUGCUCCUGUCGCUACUCUCGGAUGUGGAAAGACAACAGUGGCUCUCGCUUUGGUCAAGCUGUUUGGAUGGGGACAUGUUCAGAACGACAACAUACCCAAGCAAAAGAACAAACCGAAGAAAUUUGCCUUUGAAGUCAGCGAGCUUAUGUCCACUCACCCCGUUGUCAUUGCAGACCGCAACAGCCACCAACGUCGCGAACGUAAGCAACUCAUGGAUGAUAUUUACCCUGUGAUCAAUGAUGCCCAGUUCGUCGCUCUUCACUACGUCCAUGAACCCAAGGGUCAACUUCUGUCUAAGAUCAAAGAAGUCACCCGGAAGCGAGUGCUGGAACGUGGCGACAAUCACCAGUCGAUUCGAGCCGGGACCAUUUCCAAUCAUGAGACUAUCGGAAUCAUGGAUGGCUUCCUAAACCGCUUUGAGGGAAUUGACACCGCUCGACAGCCCGACGAAAACUACAAUCAUGUCAUUGAGCUCGACGUCUGUGCCUCGUCUCGCGCAAACCUUGAGACAGUCGUCAAAGCCCUCCACGUUGCCUACCCCAAGGUAGUUCCGAAAAUUCCGACGUCCGAGGAACUCGAUUCUGCAAUCAACGCCGCAAUGAAAAAUUACCACGUCGAGACAGAUCUCAGCUACAGCUACGGCGGAACCCAGAAACAAAAGAACAAAACCAAGGCCCAAAACACAGGUACCACCUCCACCCAAGCAGGCGCAGACAUGGACCCGGCAACCCUUUCCAAAAAGAUCGAAUACUUCAAUAUCUCUCUCCCACCUAAGGAAAUAACAACCGUCCUCAAUUCCAUCUUCCAAAACUCCUCCGAUCCCAAAAUAGCCCAGCUCUAUAACCAACUCUCCCAAACCCGCCGCCUCCAACCAGCCUUCCAUGUAACACUCAUCCACCGCGCCUCAAAGAAAGACAACCCUCAGAUCUGGGACUCUCUCGCAGAUCGCUACAUCAAAGCCCACACCUCAACUCCAUCUCCCAAUCCAGCCCAAACCCCUCCAACCCUGGGCACAGCCCGCGUCCGUCUUGAGCGCUUGGUCUGGGAUAAUCGCUUGAUGGCCUUCGUGGCACGCAUCUUACCUCCUGGUGGAGAUGUCGAUUCUGAUACUCCUGCUGUGGCGCCUGUUUCCGAUGCCGAUUGGCCUUGUGCGAAUGCCAUUCCGCAUAUUACUGUCGGUACCGUUUCGCAGGAUGUUAAGCCCAAGGAGAGUAAUGAUUUACUCAAACGUUGGGUUGAGGUUGGCUCGGGUGGUAACACUGGCAUUUUUGAAGCUGAGAUUCCUGGUGUUAAGAUUGUUGAAGGCAUUGUUGGAUUGGUUAUGAGUCGGGGGAAGUAUUGA